UUACACUUCAUGAUCUCAACCAAAUACAACUUUUUCCAUGAUCUCUGGACUUGCACGAGCAAUCGACCUUAUUCAAACACUGGUUUCGAUUUGAUAUGGAUCAGGACCUUUGAUGUACGUACAUUGCAUGUUUAUAGUAUUAUCAUUUAGAUUAUAUAAUCUAUAUUUGUUUUAAUCUCAAAGAUUUGUGAUAAAUCAAUAAGUGACGAUAAUAUCUCAAAGUGAUGGAUCACUGCCACCAAUUAGAGAAACGUACCAUUGCCAUCAAUUGAUGGUCUCUUUUUCAAAGUCUUUUUUUCGUGGGGAUUCAAAGAGACAUAAGAAUAUACAUUUUCUACUUUCUUCGUUCGGAAAUACACGGUUUGGAUUUGUAUAGAAUUGUUUGUUUCAUCAGAUUGAAUCCUAUAGAAAUUAAAAGGUUAGAGAAUUUAAUGUGAAGAAAAACGGGGACCAAAUUUUGGGGAACGCCAUGGACGUGUCAGCGUCAUCUUCGGCCAAUUACCGUUACACAAACAUCGCCUACUUGACUGCCUUGCCGAGGGGUCGGUUAACAUUGACAGCCGCAGAUCUCUAUACCGUCUCCCGUGCUCCUCCAACGGCUAUCUCCUCGAGCCCAGACCCCAAUGCCGUUGCACCCUUAGCCGCACUCCAUCCUCCCCGAUCGCCGCCGGCCGCCGCCGCCGCCAUGUCCAGGCCAUCAAAGACAUCCUCCGCCACGUCCCAGCCUAGGAGGGCCUCCCCUUCGCCGACCCCUUCCCCGGCCACGGCACCCAAGUCCAAGGCCAAGACCCUCGCUGGUAGCGGUACCCAACGCCGCCGCAGCCCCCUUUCGGACCUCAACUCCGGGGACGCCUCCGCCGCGCGGACCGGCUGCUUCCGCUUCCUCCUCUCCUCCAACAACAAAUCCGGGUCCAAGACCCGAUGCGCGUCCACGCCGAGGACGACCCCCGCGACGUCCGGCCCCAAGCUCCGCCCGGCGAGCAAGACGCAGCGGGCGGCCGGCGCGGGCCGUUUGCCAGAUCAGGAAUCGACGACCAAGACGGAUCCAUGGCCCGGACGGGAGCCCAGAGGCAGGAGGCAGGAGCCGAUCGGUGGUGGUCGGAUCAGGAGGUUGGAGGAGCCGGCCAGGAAGCAUCAGGGGCUGGCGAGGAGGCAGCAGCACCACCUCGAGGCCCUGACGCCGGAGAGGAAAGCGGGCGCGAGGUCUAACACGCCGUCGUCCGGGGCGACGCCGCCGAUCCACGCGUCGAUCUCGCCGGAGGUGGUGGCCUGCGGGGCGGCGACGCCCGCGUGCUUCGCGGCUGGGCACCACGUCCUGCCCGGCGUCCGGGACCGGCGGAAAUGCCGGGCGAGGGGCAUCCUUGACAUCGCUGGGGAGGGUACGAGCGAGGAGCUCGACUCCGCGCCGUCCAGGGCGUCGAUCCACUGGUUAUCCUCCUCGCUGUCGGAGGAGGCCGGGACGUGUUCGACGAAAUGCGGAAACGAAGAUCCCGUCAUCUGGCUGCCGUCUCCACGUGAUGAAGGCGUGGCGUGUUUGCUUGAGGACGAGAUCUUCGUGCCGGGAUGCUCGUUGGAGGAUGCGUUCUGGCGAUUCUCCCCUGACUGCACGGGAUUGUUGGGCUCGCCGGUGCUUGGCGGUCAACUUGACUUUGGCACUCCGGCAUCGGAGAUCUCUGAGACGACACCGUCAUCUGGAUUUCUUCCCGUGCUGAAGACACCGAGCACUGGUGACAGCAUCAGCCCCUUCUCUCUUAUUGUCAAGAGGGCAUCACAUUCCUCUAGACUAAGUUCUUUAUGUGCCCAGCAAGGUCAGGGCAGCUAUCACUGUGGCUCGGCUACGGAUCCGACAUCAAUUUCUAGUGAGUCAUGGACUGAAAAUGCCAGCAUAGGCAAUUGCUCAGGGUUGGCGAGGGCUAGUAGUCGCCCUAUGACGAGGAUGGAUCCAGUGGUAGAAUGUCUUGAAAUGAUGAGUUUGUCCCCAAGGCUUGGGGAUGCUGAUUAUGAUGAAAGUCGUGCUCUGCCUGCACCAUUGCCUGAGCUCAGCUUCCAGUUUGCCGGUGCUCCAACACCUCUGGAGUCCAUAGACUUGAGUUCUUUCAAGAGAUCUCCUUAUGACACAGAAUUGAAGGGGAAGGAGACGAGUUCUCGGAAACCAGUCUCGAUGGAGACUCGGAUCUCUUGGCGAGAAGGGCUAGUUAGCAGAAUGUUUGAUAUGGGUGACUUGGACUGCUGCAAAUGGAUGUCUGAUGACGAGGAGGGACCAAUUAUCCUGGGCAAUGCCGAGGCGUUGGGUAAAACCAAGUUUCAGCCAAUCAGUGCUUCUUGCCCCCAUGAGGGCGGCGAACAAUCGGGCUUCGGCUCUGUUGAGUUCAGUUGCAAUGGUGGUCUACUAAAUUAUGACAGUAAGACUCCUCCAUACCCUGUUUCAGUUGCAGAGUCUAUGAGAGCAGAAGGAUUCGAGCUUGUCUCGUCCGAUGACUCAGAUUGGACUCUCUUGUACAAGAAUGGCUUGUUUGAAACAUGAGGUUAUCUGAAGUGAAACAGGGUUAUCCUUGUUUAGAGAUUAUGUACAAGCUGUAUCAUUUUUAUUUUUUGAGAAUCAUUAGAACCAUGGCAAAUACAGGAUUUUGAGAUCUUUUGUUUGCCCCAGCCUUGUACUUAUUUCGGUGGUACAUGUAAAUUAUGUUGGUAGAUGGACUUGUUUCUUGAAUAAUAACUCCAGGUUCAGUUUUAA